CUUGCGACAGUUUGACCUUCAAGUGCUCGCAACCUCCGUCAGUGAACGACACCCCUGAGGCGUUGCCGAGGUUUUUUUUGGCUCUGACGAGCAUAAUAUUUGGAUAUUAGAUUUAAUUCAGUCUUACACCUUUGAAUUCCCAGUAAUUUUACGCUUAGUAUCUGUUUCUUUUUGCUGUUUUCGGGUCUUUGUUGGUACGUGUACCAAUGUGCACGUUGGUGUUUCUACCUGGGAAUUUGUUGUCAUAGUUUUAAUAAGAAAGAAAAACGGAGUAUCAUAUAAUAUAACGUGGUAGUGUAAAAGCCACUGCUCUUCAUAUUUACAUAAACGAUCUGCCCCACCAUAUCUAGUCAUAUGGCCAGAGUCGAUAGAAUUUUCUCCAUCAUCGGGAAAUUGGGAUUAGAACUGUAGGUCAAGCUGCUUGCUUCAUUAUUUUCUCCAUGCCCAACUUGUUUACUAUCGCCUUUAAAUUUCGGCUCCAAGACUUUCUUGACUAUCAGAUGUGUUAAGAAGUCCCUUUAUUGACGAUGCGGAAUUGAAAAGUGUAUCUAAAGUGAAUUUUGAGUCAACUUACGAGGACUUUGUGGGUAAUCUGGAUAUCAAACCCUUGUGAUGCCAAGGACUAACAUGUGAUUAUGAGGAUUUAGAACGUCAUGUUCCCACUAGGUUUUAGCGUUAUGAAUGCCCUUGGGUAUCCUGUAAUACACCUACCGAUAUCUAGUUUAGACGUCAAACUCAUGAAAAACGCACUAGGUAAAAGUCAGAUUUGAUAGAUCAGAAUUCAGGGAUACCAAUUACUACUUAAGAUCAACCAAUUUUUCAAACAAUUUUUUGCAGUACAAUGAUUCAACUAAAUGUUUCCCUAAGGAACUGACUUGGUAGAUGUUUGUCCAAGUAAUCACAUUUUUAAUUAAGAUAGACAGUAAACUGGUAAGAUUAAAAGCAAGGGAAUGACCACAACAGUAGUAUUAUUUAUAAUAUAUAAAACAGGGAAUAUAGUUUAGAAGACUAGUGUUAGUCUUUUAAUAUGAUGAGGAUCUUUAAAUGAAUAUAGUUUAAUAAGAAUGUCAUAUUGCAGAGUAGGAAGUGUAAAUUAGUAUUAUGACUUGAUACUUAGGAGAGGAAAAAUGACUUCAUUUCCACCACCUCAGCUGUUGGUGUCAUCAACCAUAUAUUUUGCUCAUCACGAAGGCUCCGAACAAGAAGUCCGCACCUCCUCAAAUGUAUCAGGUCAGAAGUAAGUGUCUUCACAGACUGAUGUCAUAUCUUCGUCUAGUCACCUAUUGGUUUUUAUUCUGGUCAUCUUUGGACGUCAGGAUAGAAAGCUACGGGGACCACGUAACAGUUCUCAACUACUUCGCUCGAUGAAGUUUCGUCAACCUAUUAGACGUUGUUAUAUGGUAAAUUUGCAGUUUAGUGGGUUCACUAAGUCCAAAAAUGAAUCCCAAAGAACCUCUACCUCCUGGUUGGGAAAUGAGACUUGAUGAAAAAUCAGGAAACUUUUAUUUUGUGGAUCAUAACACUCGGUCUACGCAGUGGAACCAUCCUGUAACAAAUCAAGAAUAUUCAUCAAUAAACGGAACGAAUCCGUCAAAUUUUUCGGAACAAAAUUCUUCUGAUGCAUGUGGCUCUAACUGUGAAAAAAAAAUCGCAGAUGUAAUGUCAAGGGCACGCUCAUUACAGCCAAAAAUAGAUUAUUUUGAUGGUGCACCUCAGAGUAAGGAAUACAAACAUCUUAUGGAAAACUUGGAACAGUUGAUACUAAGUUUGGAUACCUUAAAAAGUGAUGGAAAUGAAGAUGUUAGAGCCAUGCGGCGAGAUGCUGUCAAAGAAAUCCAACAAUUAAUAGAAAUGUUGGACUAUCGUUCCUUAAUUUCCAGUCAAAAUGAUGAAAAGUCUUAGAUGAUUAAUAUCUGGUUCAAAUGUUCCGGCGUUCUGAGCUAUGAUUACCCCCGCUACUUUUAUAUAUACGUGAAUAUACUGAUAUGGGUGAUUCAAUAUAUCACUUUGUCAAUACCAUCUACAUGCAUCUAUAUCCAUGUAUAUAAAUAUAUAUUUACUAUUGUUAUCUUCCUUCUUAUUACUUAUCGGAUAUUCAUUCACUGUACUUGUUGACUCCGUUUUUCAUUGUUUCUUAGAAAUGAAUCAGAAAGAUUUAAAGCCAAGUUUAAUUGCCAAUCUCUCUUUCUGUUGUAUGGACUAUUUUCCAUUUAUGUACUAUAAAUUUGUAUCUACUAUUAUUAUUGUUAUUGCUGUACACGUGUAAGACGUUUGGUUCGUGUUAAACGAGCGACCUCGUGUCUUUAUAUAUAUAUA